CAAAUGCUCUUUUUUUUAGCUGUAUGGUUCCCAGUGCAUGUGGCUGAGCUAGACAAAUGCUUCCACUGUGUGAUCAAAUACGAACCUACAACGGAUCCCAGACAUCCGGUGAGCUCCUUCCUCUGUUCGCAGUCCAAAUGGUCACUUUGCUCACCGAUAAAUUCAAUGUUCACUUCGGGAUAUGGUGAUAAGGAGUAUAUAGAACGACGAGCGAAACUGAACGAUGUUGCCAGAGUUUACAAAUAUGGUGAACCAUUACCCGAAAUUGAGUAUACGGAAGCAGAGCAUAAAACUUGGGAAAUUGUCUAUCAGAAACUCAAAUCGCUACAGUUGACACACACUUGCGUUGAAUAUCAACGUAAUUUCACGCAAAUGGAAAACGAUGGGCUUUUCGUGGCAAAUCGCAUCCCGAAUCUCGCAAGAGUGAACGACUAUCUUCAAAGGAAAACCGGUUUCAUGCUUCGUCCAUGCAGUGGACUCCUGUCAGCCAGAGACUUUCUUGCCAGUUUAGCAUUCAGAGUAUUUCAGGUACGUCAACUUCUCUACUUACUGUUCAUUCGCGCAUACUAA